AGGAGAUUUGUAGCCAAAUUAACUGUCUCUGUGCUAGGUGAGACAGGUAUAAAAGGACCGACCUUAAGGCAGGUAACUGAGAAUCUAAUUGAUAGUGCAGCAAGUUAGUGGCUCCAGAGCAAAAGAAAGGUGUGUGCAUGGAGUAGAACAUAGGCUACAAAACACAGAAAAAGACAAAGCAAAGUUGUGAUCAAUAAAGAGGAAGACAGCACUGAAGGACAGACUGAGAAUGUCUCAAGUGAACAGAGGACAGAGGAGGAUGCUCCUACUGAGAGCAUGGAGAUGAAGCAGGAGCAGAAAUGCCGAGAUGAGCACGAAUGCCAGAUGGACACUGACACUGAAGUGGAAGGAGACACACCCACUGUAGCCGUGUCCUGUGAAAACAAGAGUGAGGAAGAAGCAAACGGGAAGCGGAAGGCGCGCUCUAAUGCUGAGACCUCCUCAUCAAAGAAAUCUAAGAUCGUCAAUGAUGGUUUUUGUGUUUUUGUUGGCAACCUGGACAACUCCAGAACAUAUGAAGAAGUCAAGGAUUCAUUAGCAACUUACUUCAUGACACAAAGUCUGCUGGUUCAAGAUAUCAGAUUAGAUCGGUCCAAAAAACAUGCACAUGUGGAUUUGGCCUCAGAGAUGGAUGUGGCCAAGGCCCUGGUGUUAAAUGGAACAAUGCUCCUCGACAAGCCAAUGAAGAUUGCUAAAGCAAAGGUCAAAAGUGGGGAAAAGGUGAAAGCUCCACCACUCGACAAAAAAGUCAAAGAUGCCAGGUGUUUGUUUCUAAAGAACGUCCCCUACAGUGCAACAAAAAAAGACCUUUUAAAAAUCUUCCACAAGGCCGUUGCCAUCCGCUUUCCUGGUGGAACUAAAGAGCCAAAGAAAGGUAUCGCUUUUGUGGAGUUUAAAAAUACAACCAUUGCUAAGAAAGUACUACAGAAAAAACAAGGAGCCAAGAUCCAAGGCCGGGUUUUGGUUGUGGACUCUGUAGGUGAAACAAAUGUGACUAAGAUCAAGAAAAGCAUCAAUAAAGACAGCAACACAAAAGUCUUGUUAAAAACACUUAUUGUAAUGGGUCUUGCUGAGAAGACGACUACAGAGACUCUUAAAAGUGCUUUUGAAGGAGCCCUCAGUGCGAGAGUCACCGCAGGUAAAGGCACAGGACGUUCAAAGAGGUUUGGUUUUGUGGAUUUUGACAGUGAAGAAAAUUGCAAAGCCGUUAAAGAAGCCAUGGAGGACUGUGAGAUAGAUGGCAGCAAAGUGACUGUGGCUUACGCAAAACCCAAGGGUGAGAGAGGCCCCCAAGGUGGCAGAGGAGGCCUGGGUGGGCAUCCUGGUGGAGCACCUGCAGGACGGGGCGCUGGCACAGGGAAUCAUCGAGGUAAAGGGGGAAACGUCAGAGGUGGACAAGGCAGCAGGAGAGGCAACACUUUUAGUGGUCACUCAAAGGCUCAUAAGUGCUGAAACCUAGUUGGUGUUCAUUUGAAUCUUCACAAAAUAUUAUAUUAACAACC